AUGAAUAAUGGAAGGAAGAGCAGAAGCAAUUUGAGAUUAUUUGUUGAUUUUGAUUCUACCAUAACUAAAUCUGAUACUUGCACAUUAAUUCCACAACUUUUAAAAAAUCCAGAAAAGAAUCAAGCUUGGGAAAUGGUUUCAAACGACUUUUUAAAGAAAUACGAGACUAUUCUGUCAAAAUAUGAAGGAAAUAUAUCCAUGUCAAAUAUAUCUGAUUUCUUGAAUGAAAUGGAUCAUGUAGAGUUAUUUGGAGUAAAUUCAGUAGAGCAAAAUAAUCUAUUGGAGGGUCUUUCUAAGAAAGAUCUCGAAGAGUUGCCAAAAAAAUUUCACACUGAGCUUGCUCCUCAAUGUGAGUCAUUAUUCGAAUUACUUUAUGAGUUUGGAAAGAAGAAAAAUAUUGAGCUUUGUAUUAUAUCCAGUAAUUGGUCUUUUGAUGUCAUUCAAUCAUUUAUCAAACAAAAUGUUCAAAAACAUGUAAAUACUCAUUUGAAUAUAUUUUCAGUAGAUAGAAUUAAUGAAACUCUUACCAACCCUGAAGUAAUUCCAACCAUUCCUACUCAGUGGAGUGUAGAGAAUAGCUCAUUUCCAAACAUUUACAUUUACACGAAUGAUUUACAAUUUAACGAGAAUGGAAUUUCAACUGGAAAAUUUUCUUCCAAGCAAUGUGUCACCUCAAUGGACAAACUCAUGUCCCUCAGACAUCAUCUCUUCAUCAGUAGAGAUACCAGUAAGACAAUAUACAUUGGCGACUCUGUCAAUGAUUUGAGAUGCAUUCUAGAAACUAAUGGCAUACUUUAUCAUCCGAGAAAUAAUGAGGAAACAACUAUACUAUCCCUCUUCAAAAGAUUGGGCAUUCCACUCUCAAAGCUCCCUCAAAAUGCCGCUAGCAGCAUUCAACAAGUUCAAACAACUCUCAUUCCCUCUCCACACUUUGCUUCAAAUUGGGAAGAAAUUACAUCCUCUAUUCGAUCUGAAUUAUUGGUUAAUUAA